CAAACAAAUAAAAAAUCUUAGCGGAGAUGGCGGAACUGGAGCUUUUCACCCAAUUUAUCGAACAAAACCGCUCAACUAAUCGCCAAAUUCAACGAGCAUUUCCUGGUCUCACACAAGAAAGGUUUGCCGAAAUCUGUUCGUUGCCGGGAGCGCCUGAAGUCGCGCAACAGUCGAUAGCAACAUCAGUUUCCGCGCUUCGAAGCGGGACGAACGAAGAACCAAACGAAACAGCCCUUGAGGAAAUUUUCAAUGCCGUGAUUGCGCACCUGGAAUCCUUCACCAGCCUGGAGCAAUAUGUUUGGCUCGUAAGAAUGGUCGUGGCAGCAGAACUGAUUAGGAGAUUACCUCAACGGACCACAAACGUUCGACGCAAACUGCGUUGGAAAGUGGAAUCGAUUCCACUGGACAAGUUCAGCCACUCUCCAGCUUGCAUCCAUCUCGUGACCAAAGCCUUGGUUGAAGAUAUUCCCUUGGAGGGGCUGAAUUUGGAGCACGCCAUCGAUCAGUUGUCGGUAUCGCUUUCACAGUUGCAGCGCUAUGUUGCCGUGGCCCUGGUGUUCGUCGGAUUAGACGCGAUACUGAAGCCGCAGCCAAAAGUAGAUGAACCUUAUCAAGUUCAUACUGUGGAUACCUUUCUGGGCUAUCUUGAGGUGCUUAAUCUCCGCACCCUCAGCAUUCAACGCAACGACCUUCAGUCAUUGUACAAUCUGUUAAGAUUGCUAGGCCUGUAUCAAAACAUGGUUAUCAUGCGAGCCUAUGAUAAAGAUGAACUAGAACGUGAGCAUAAGCAGUAUGCUGAGUCCUUUCGCGUUCGGCCCGAACAGAGGAAUAUAUUUUGGGAAUGGUUGAAGAAAUCAAGCGCCUUGGUGACCUGUAUCAACAGCGACGAUCCUGUAGAUAAAUUGAUCUUGGCGGAUCUCUUUGAAAUCGAUAUGUUGCCUCUCUUCGAUGACAUUAUAGAAGACACAUCGUGAACCAAUAAUUUACUAAUUUAAUUAUAUGAGUGAAAAAGUGAAGAUAUAAGCGUUAAAACGAAAAUAAAUGGGUUACAGCACAGAUCACCAAUCGCUUCCAUCGAAUUGGCGUCAAGCAUUAUCAUGUGAGGGGAACGCGUAUUGAUUGAUAAAAAUCUAGCCGGCGUGAGGUAAUGCACCAUCGUGACCGGCACGUGUUUGUUCGGCCAACGUUCGGUUUCCCGAAGUGCAGCAAGCGAUCUUAAUUCGGGAAUGGCCCUAAACAAGCAAAUUGAUUGCUUUGAAGUGCCAUUAUCGUAAAUUUAAUUUUAAAUGGACGAUAAUCACUAUUAUGAACAAACAAUUUCCCGAAUUGAUA